GGCGGCGGGCGGCAUGUUGCCUCGCUGUUUAAGUUGAGGAGGGGCAGCUGCGGCGGUUAUUUUGCUGUUGGGGGAGUUUCGCGGCGGCCUCGGCGCUUUUGUCCGCUGCCCGCGGUGAGCCCGGCCGUGCCGCAGGGAUAUGAGCGCGAUGGAGCACGCCGCGGGGACCUCCCCUCGCCCCGGAAGGCUGGCAACCCCCUAUGUCUCAUCCAGGCAUGUUAGCUCUCAGUCUCCAAGUCAGGAGGACUUUGCUCCUCUCCCUUCAAUCAAUGAGCGUUUAGCCUUUCUCUGUCCCUCCCGGGAGCUGCUGGAAUACUACCGCAAGACUAUUGCUGACUUCGAUAGGGAGCAUGAGGAUUUGGUUAAAAGGCUGGAGAGAUACAAAGAAACGUAUGAUGAGCAGCACAAAUUGCAAUGGGAAGUACGUCAGCGAGAAGAGGAGAUUGCAGAGUUGCAAAAGGCUUUGAGUGAUAUGCAAGUCUACCUCUUCCAGGAAAGGGAACACGUCCUUCGGCUUUACGCGGAGAAUGACCGGCUGAAAAUCAGGGAACUGGAGGAUAGAAAAAAAAUUCAAUAUCUUCUGGCUUUAAUGGGAACAGACAAAGGAGAAGUGACAUAUUUUCACAAAGAGCCUCCACAUAAGGUUACUGUUCUGCAAAGGCCAGCUAAAUCCAGAGUGUCACAUGAACAAAAUGACACUUCUAGAACAGGCACCAAGAGGAGCACUUCAAUACCAGCAGCAAAAGGAGAGAAACCAGAAAGUCCUGAGAGGUAUCAAAGAGAUAAUCAAACACUUCUACUUCAGGUGGAGGCCCUGCAAGCUCAGAUAGAAGAACAGACACGAUUAUCCAAGGAACAGGUUGAGGCACUAUUAGAGGACAGGCGGAUUCACAUGGAGGAAGCCCAGGUCCAGCACCAGAGGGACCAGGACAAGAUCAAAACUAUAACAGAUAAACUCCAUAAGACUCAAAAUCUCUUAUAUGAGAGUACUCGUGACUUUCUCCAGCUCAAGUUUGAUGCCCGAGCCAAUGAGAAAGCAUGGAUGGCAGAGAAGGACAGUCUGUUGAGGAAACUUGACAAAAGUAUCAGCAAGGAGCCAGGAAGAGAGAAGCAGAGAGAUACCAAGAAGACACUUCAAGCAAAUGAUGGAGCUUUGAAACUCCACAGCCGAGAACUAAAAUCACUGCAAGAACAGCUAAUGCAGGAGCAGCGCCUAUCAAACAUGUACAGAGAGCAGUGCAUCACCCUGGAAGAUGAGCUAGCUAGGAUUCGUGAGGAGGGAGAUGUCGGCAGAGAACUCUUCAAGGAACGCUCAGAAAAGAUGGUUAAGCGCCUGAAGCUGAUGACUCAGCGAUAUGAGGCCUUGGAAAAACGUCGUAAUAUGGAAGCAGAAGGCUUCAUGAAUGACAUUAAACAGCUUCGGCAGAAGCUGAAAGACGUAGAGAAGCAGCUUUUUAAGGUGACUCUGCAUAUGGGACCAGACCAGGAUCUUGCAAUUCUACAUGAGGUCUGCCGAGGAAACAGACUAACUCGUAAAAUCCAAGGAGAACUAAAAAACUUAAAAGCAAAAAUCUUUAUCUUGGAGAAUGAAUUACGGGUCUGCUGAAGCAGAGGUAUAGCUGGCAUCCUUGGUUUAGGAAUGGGACAUUGGUAGGCUGGAAUAGUCACAUGUGAGAGCAGCUCCUGCCUGUUUCCUGGCAUCCAGUGACGGAAGGCUUGAGGAAAUCUGCAGUUAUUGUCAUAGCAUUGUACAUGAGCCAUUCUGAAUGUGCCAGAUUAUAUUUCAGCUGAGAGAUGGCACCUGAUAAGAUUAAUGUAGAAAGUACAUGAUAACUGAUAUGUAUCAGGAAUAUGACUUCAUCUUACCUUCAUAUGUGGUAGGGGUCAGUGUAUACUGGCCUUCAACUUUCUUUGGGGCAUAUUAUAAACCAUGUAUAUAAUAAAAUCAAUAAUCAUGGAAGGAUCUACUUCAAGAUCUGAA